UAUGUCACAGGAGUGGGAAACCAAAUUUGGGCACAGUUCCAUAGGAUUGAAGGGACAGCUCUAACAGCAGACUUUUAUGGCAUGGGGUCCGUCUUUUUUUGCAGAAGUCAUGUACACCGUACGUUGGAUGGUGGAUGAGGAUGCAUGGCAUCGGGCGGGCCAUUUUGUCCGCUGCACAGCCAGUGCCGUCCACUGAGGGGAAAACCCACUGAGGGGAAAAUCAGUCAUUCCCAACGCCUUUAUAUAAAGUCCACACUAUAAAAACUGUUCUAGCAUUUGAAGUUAUAUCCAGCAAAAUGAAAAUGGUGGGAUCACUCAUUUACUGUUUUGUAGUCUGUAUAUGCCUCUGCCAAUGUUUGGCAUUUCCAGUAGAUUAUAAUAAUACAGCAGUGCCUGUGAAAGGGAAGCUCAAUGUGCAUUUAGUCCCUCACAGCCAUGAUGACCUUGGAUGGCUUAAGACUGUUGAUCAGUACUUUGUUGGGUCUAACAGUUCAAUCCAGGUGGCAGCAGUUCAAUACAUCUUGGAUUCUGUUGUUUCUGCCUUGCAGGAAGACCCAAACAAGAAGUUCAUCUAUGUAGAGACGGGUUUUUUUGCAAGAUGGUGGAGGCAGCAGAAUGAAAAAAAGAAAGAAAUUGUUCGGAAGCUCGUGGCUUCUGGGCAGCUUGAAUUCAUAAAUGGAGGCUGGGUUAUGCAUGAUGAGGCAACUGUAAUGUAUGUGGACAUGAUAGAUCAAACAUCUCUCGGGCACAGAUUUCUUAUGAAAGAGUUUGGAGUACUACCUGUCACUGGUUGGCAGAUUGAUCCCUUUGGACACUCAGCUGUUCAAGCCUAUCUGCUAUGUGCCGAGGUUGGAUUCUCUUCUUUGUUUUUUGGAAGGGCUGAUUACCAAGACAUUGCAAAUCGAAGAAAUCGUCGGACCAUGGAAACGAUCUGGCGUGGUUCUAAGACCCUAGGAGCAUCUGCACAGGUAUUUACCGGAAUACUUCCUAACCUUUAUGUUCCUCCGGAUGGCUUUGACUUAGGUAUUGCAACGACGGAAGCUGUGGUUCAGGAUGAUCCUUUUCUAUAUGACUAUAAUCUUGAGGAAAGAGUCAACAGCUUUGUUAAGAGUGCUAGGGACCAGGCCAAACAGUAUCGCACAAAUCAUAUAAUAUGGACUAUGGGGGAAGACUUUGCUUAUGAAAGUGCAGGUACUUGGUUCAAACAGAUGGAUAAACUCAUACAUUAUGUGAACAAGGACGGCCGUGUGAAUGCUUUCUACUCAACUCCAACAAUCUACACUAGAGAAAAAUAUAUGUCCAAUGAAAUUUGGCCUCUGAAGACAGAUGACUUUUUCCCAUAUGCAGACCACUCAAACGCUUAUUGGACAGGAUAUUUCACUAGUCGCCCUGCCUUAAAAGGUUAUGUGAGAAAGCUCUCAGGGUUUCUUCAGGCAGCAAAGCAGUUAGAGUUUCUUGUGGGUAGAAAUAAGAGAAAGCCUAACACCUAUUCUUUGGAAGAAGCAAUGGCAAUUGUGCAGCACCAUGAUGCAGUAGUUGGUACUUCUAAACAACAUGUGGCCAAUGAUUAUGCUGCACGUCUUUCACAUGGUUCCCUAGAGGCUGAGAAUGUAAUGAGCUCAGCAUUAGUCUGCCUUAUGAAUGGCAAAUCAAGUAACUUCUGUGGAGAUAAGAUUUCCAGUGAGCAAAGAGCUCAGACAGAACCAAAAAAGGAAAAUUUGUUUGAGGAAAUAGAUUCAGAAAGUAUUUCAAGGGAUAAAAUAGAACUUGAACAGUGCCCUCUUAUGAAUAUCAGCUACUGCCCCAAAUCUGAAGCCAAUUUGGAUACUGGGAGGAGUCUGGCAAUUGUUUUGUAUAAUCCUUUGGGAUGGAAGCGCAAUGAAGUUAUAAAAAUACCGGUAACAAAUACAACUUUGGAAGUAUUGGAUUCCAUUGGAAACAAAAUUCAGACUCAGAUUGUGCCAGUUGAUCCAGCAACCAGAAGAGUACGCAAUUUCUACACACAGGACAUGUCAGUUCAAGCUGGGCCCUUGUUUAAUUUAUAUUUUGAAGCUUCAGUUCCUCCUCUUGGUUAUUCUGUCUAUUUCCUAAAAGCUGCAAAGAAUGGAGCUUCUGCUGCAGGAACUCUGUCAAUGAAGCCAGGACAUAUCAAUGGAGAAAUAAUUGUGGAUUCAACAAGGAUUCAGCUUGCAUUCUCGAAGUCUACAGGGCUGCUGAAGGAGAUCAGAAAUCAUCAUAAUAAUGCUGUCUUCCCCAUAAAUCAGUCACUUUGUUGGUACAAUUCAAGUGAUGGAAACACCAGAAAAGGAACGUAUGAGGCCUCUGGUGCUUAUAUUUUUCGUCCUAAUAUUUCAAGAUGCUUUCCUAUUGAGGAUUCUAAGAAACAGGUUAUACAGUCCGUCACUAAAGGCAAUGUUGUGAGUGAAGUAUAUCAACAGUUUUCUCCCUGGGCAUCACAGGUAGUUCGGUUGUACAAGAAUGCAGAAGAUGUUGAAAUUGAUUUCUUGAUUGGACCAAUUCCAAUUGAUGAUGACUUGGGAAAGGAGGUGGUAAGUCAAUUUAGAACAAAUAUGGUGUCAAAUAAAGAGUUCUACACGGAUUCCAAUGGACGAGAUUUCUUGAAGAGAAUAAGGAACUACCGAGCAGACUGGAAUUUAAGUGUACAUGAAAUAAUUGCUGGAAACUAUUACCCUCUGAAUCUAGGGAUAUACUUGAAAGACAAUGACACAGAAUUUUCUUUGCUUGUUGACCGUUCUGUUGGAGGUUCAAGUGUUUCCGAUGGGGAGCUAGAGCUGAUGCUUCAUAGGCGGUUACUCCAUGAUGAUAACAAGGGUGUUGCUGAAAACUUGAAUGAAACUGUAUGCUUCGAUAACAAUAAGACAUGUGAAGGCUUAACUGUACAAGGUAAAAUAUUUCUGAAUGUAAAUCCUACAGAACAAGCUUCAGAAUGGAGACGUACAAAGGGACAGAGAGAAGUUCUACCUCUACAAAUUUUCUUUGUAACUGUAGGAGAUGAAAUUAAGAUUAAGGAACCUCAAUUUUCGGCAUUGGCAAAAGGGUAUGAACUACCGCCAAAUGUUGCCAUCAUCACACUACAGGAACUGGAAGAUGGACAAACCUUGCUACGUUUAGCACAUCUUUAUGAGGCUAGUGAAAAUGUCAAGUUGUCGGUGCCCGCAACUGUUGAUAUUCAUAAUUUAUUUCCAGGGAGAAAGAUUAAAAAGAUUGUGGAGCUUAAUCUCUCUGGUGUCCAAGAGAAAUCAAAGAUCAAAACUUUGAAUUGGAAAGUUGAAGGGGAUACAGGUUCAUCCGCCGGAGCACCUAGAAGAGAUGCAUUAAAGGAUGGAGAACACAUUGUAGAACUCUCACCCAUGGAAAUAAGGACCUUCAAUCUUGAUUUUGAUGUUUGAAUAUUUUAUCUUUCUCAGUAAGAAUUAUAUAUCAAGUUUUAAGGACCUCAACUGGGAUCCAUGGCCAUGAAUAAAUAUUAAAUUGGAAAAUAAAAUUUCUGUUUUAUGCGGAAAUAUGAGAAAUUUCACGUGGAGUUAGAACACUCCAAAUGUGAUGUCAUGCAGAAACAAAUUAUUAUCCACGGUCAUGAAUAAAUAUAAAAUUAGAAAAUAAAGUUUCUGUUU